AUGUCGAUUACUUGGGACAAGACGUGGAUGUGGCAUCCUGACUUUACGGAAAGCGAUAAUGAAACAGCCGGCCGAUUCGUUCAUUUCAGAAAGAAUAUUUUCGUCAACAACGCAAUUCCAAGCAGCCUCCGAAUUCAAAUCACUGCCGACACCAGAUAUAAGCUCUACAUUAACGAACAGCUUGUGACGUUUGGUCCCGUCAAAGGCGAUGCUUCCCUCUGGUUCUUUGACGAGAUUGAUAUUGGCCCUUACCUUCAGGGUGGACAGAACAUCAUCGGUUUCCAUGUGCUCCGGCUUUUCUAUGCCACGAACUACGCCCCUUCAUUUCCAAGAUUACCUUCUGGUGGUUUAAGAAUCUUCGUUCCAGAUCACGUCGACAAUAUCUGGGCGUCUCAAGUGCAGAGCAGCACGGAAUGGGAGACUGCCAUUGAUCAAGCUACUGUCCUUCGAGUCGAUCAAUCGGAGGACCAGUUUCUCCAUAUCUACGAAUACGUCCCGACAGCAGAGACAGCGCUUUUGUGGACUCGUGCCACGCUCCUCGAAUACAAGAUUUCGACUGGAAACCGAACUCCAUGGAACCUCUCGCCCCGUCUACUGCCGCCACCCCAACUGAGGACUGUAACUCCAUCUGCCAUUAGAAACAUCAACAGCUGCUUGCCCCAUGAACCCUGGACAGGCAUGUUGAAAGGAGAUGGUAGCAGCCUUUGUCUGAAGGCCGGGACGACGCAUAGCGUGGACCUCGAAUUUUCUGAACACACCACUGCUUUUCUCAGAUUCUGCUUCCGGCGGCCGCCGAGCGGCGGUAGCAUACUCCGUAUCACAUACUCCGAGAGUUACGAAGACGAUCCAGAAUCGGUGCCCUGGAUAAGAAGAAAGCGUGACCGGUGCGACUAUGACAGAAAGCUUCUUGGGCCUCAAGACCUAUACACUCUUCAAGGUCAGCGGUCAACAGCGGCUGGUCUUGGUUAUUAUGCGGAUGAAAAUACGCGAGAGAUAUUUCAGCCUUACCACUUCCGCACGUUUCGCUUCAUCAAGCUAGAGAUCGAAGUUUCUUCCUCUUCAGACUUGCUUUUCGAGGGCCUCGAGGCGGAAUCCUUCAGCUACCCUCUCCAGGUCCAGGCCGAAUUCAAGGUGCCCCCAGGAGACGAUGUCAUCGACUCGGACAAAUUGUGGUCGACGAGCGUCCGAACCCUCAAGAACUGUAUGCACGACUGUUACGAAGAUUGUCCUUUCUACGAACAACUUCAGUACGCCAUGGACACACGCAGCUCUGCAUUGUUUACGUACAACAUUUCAGGAGACGACCGACUCGCCCGUCAGGCCAUCCUGCAGAUCCACAACUCUUUCCAAGCCAGUGUUGGGCUGACGAUGAGCCGGGCCCCAACCCAUAGGCCGCAGUUUAUUCCCUUCUUUUCACUUUACUGGAUCUGCAUGGUCAAUGACCACCUGACGUACUUCAACGACGUCGCCUUCGUGUCGGAGUUUGUUCACGUUGUGGACGCCGUUGUCGGGUACUUUCAUCGUCGGAUUGAUCCGAAAUUUGGCUUAACGGCGUGCGAUUUAGGGCCGGGAGUUUGGAACUUUGUGGACUGGGCACCGCAGUGGAAGCCUCAUGGAAUACCUCCUGCCAUUCAUCGCACCGGAUUUUCAACAUACGGGAACCAACUUUACGCGUAUACGCUCAGAACAGCUUCCGAAUUGAUGAAGGCUGUCGAAAGGCCAGCUUUGGCGGAAGAAUAUCUGGCUCGAGCAGAUCGCAUCAGUUCUGCACUGAAGACGCAUUGCUUUGAUGGCACGUUCUUCACAGACACUAUCACGACUAUGGCGAAACCUUUGGCAGACUACAGCCAGCACUGUCAGGUUUGGGCUGUUCUAUCAGGCGCCGUCGCAGGUGAAGAAGCACAACAUCUACUUCGACAAAGCAGCACACGAGACCACUUCACCAAGGAAUCCGUUGCUAUGUCCUUCUACACACUCCGCGCUUUCGCUCUCGCGGGAGGCAGCUUGUAUCAUGAGCACUUUCAUCGGUUCUGGGAUCCGUGGCGCUUUCAGCUUCGUCAAAACGUCACGACUUGGGUUGAGGAUGACGUGACCGACUCGCGAGAGCGUCCUCCCCAGCGCGGCGCCCUCCAGCGCCAAUCCACAGGCCUCCCCGUCGCCCAGUCUCGUCCGGCAAUGCGCUUCAUCUCAGUCGACCACGUCCUCCAGCACGCCUCCGAGAUCCCCUCCGGCCAGCCCCGCGUCCCGCCCACGCCUCAACGCCCCGUACUCGUCGGUGGCGCGACCGCGACGGGCGCCCGCCGCGCCUCCGCCGGCCCGGGCGGCCUCCCGAACCUGCAGUCCCGCACAGGCGGCCAGAGCAUGCCCUCCCGAACCACAAAGAUCAGUGAGAAGCUCGUUCUCCUCCCGGAGACGGACGACAAACCCGGCUCCGAUGAGGACCUUGACGAGGAGGCGAGCAAGAUCGCCCGCCAGAUGGAGGAGGAGGAGAACCGACCCCUUCGCGAUGAGGAGCUCGACGUCCUCCGCAAACGAGGCGGCAUCCGCGGCAAGUCCUACGCCGAACGCCUGCCCAAGGUUCAACGAAAGGAAAAGCUGGCGCGUUUAACCGCUUACUGCACCGCCCAGUCGUACAAGAUGCAGUCCACCGCCGAGUUCCUUCGCAAGAAGCACGAGGCAAAGACCAAGCUCUAUGACGACUGCCUCUACGUCAUCUACUCGCUGCCGCUUCUCAACGGCACAGAGGGCUACCGCGUCCGCAGCAGACCCAUCGUGAAGACCCCGGGAAGCGGCAAGACGGUGCUGGACCUGGAGAUCGAACGCAGCGAGCAGCGGACCUACCACGAGGGAUACUUCGAUGAGUCCGCCUUCUCAGGCAGCCCACUGAACGGGAACGGGUAUGACGACUCGUCGCACCGGCAUCGCGAGCAGAGCCCCGACGACCCGAGCUCGUCGCCCCUGGCGCGUCUGGCGCCCGACGCAAAGAACUUCGCGGAGAUGUUCCUGUUCUCGUACGGCGUUGUCGUCUUCUGGAACUUCACUGAACACCAGGAGAAGGACAUCCUGGCUGAUCUGACGUUCGCGCAAAACGAAAACGGACUGUCGCUUAUCACGCGACCCCUGGACGAGGAGGACUUCGAGACGGAGGAGUUCCACUUCGAGUACAGCGCCGACGUGAAGCGGCCGCGUAUCUUUAACGACAUGAUUACCCUGCUCCCACGCAGUGACCACAUGGUGAAGCUGACUAUCAGUCACGCUAUCGCGCAGAGCACUAAACUGUGUCUCUUCGAGGAGCGCAUGAGCGAGACAAUGCUCGACGCGCAGCACGUCCCCAAACGCCUCGCCCUCACCGGCGAGCUGAACAUGACAAGAACAGAAAUCGUCAAGAUUCUCGGGCGGCUGUUCAAGAGCCGUGUCGACAUCAACCUGUCCUCCAACAUCCUCGACGUCCCCAACUUCUUCUGGGAUUCGGAGCCCACCCUCCACCCCCUCUACGUCGCCAUCCGCGAGUACCUCGAGAUCGACCCCCGCAUCAAGGUCCUCAACGAGCGCUGCCGCGUCUUCCUCGACCUCGCCGAGAUCCUCGCCGACUCCGUCGCCGACGCCAAGAUGAGCUACAUCACCUGGAUCAUCAUCGUCCUCAUCAUCAUCUCCAUCCUCGUCACCGUCACCGAGGUCGGCCUCCGCUUCGGCAUCCUCUCCAAGAACAACGGCAAGGCCGGCGGCGAGAACAACGUCGUCGUGCCCCUCAUCUCGGCUGCGGGCGGACCCAGUACUCAGCUGUCGCUGCCCGGCAGCGUCAAGUGGGAGCUCGAGAAGAGGAACGUCAGCGUCGACGAGCUGAGGCUGUGGAGCCGCAUGCUGUGCGAGGAGGAGGAGGGCGCCACCGCAGCGUGCGGGAAUCGGAUCGUGGGGGAGACGUAUGCCGGCGUCUAA